AUGUAUUUUAUUGGUGACCGAUACGCACAAUUUAUUCCAGAUACUAUAGCAGAAAAAGGAGCCGAAGAAUUAGGUGAUUUACAAAAUUUCCUUUUUCAAGACGAUCAAGAUCGUAAACAGAGGAUGCAGGUUGCAUUGGAUGAUGCUAAACGUAUUUUUAUCAAUCGAAUUGAACCAAUAGAUUGUGCUGCAAAACCAGCCGAUGUUUGGCUCAUAAAAAGCGUUUGGGGUUCAUUGAAAGAGAAAUUACGAGGACGAGAAUACACUCAAAUUGAACAAUUGAAAACUGACAUUAAAAAGGAGCAGAACAAAUUUAGUAUUUCUUUAUGUCAAAGAAUGAUUGAUAAAAUGCCAGCACGAUUAAAAUUAGUGAUCGAUCAAGGUGGUAAUCAAAUACGGAAAGAUUGA